AUGCGUGAACUAACUAGUUUAGAACUUGAAAAAGUAGAAAAGAAGGUAAAGCAGUAUAUUGGGAGUAACUUUGGUUCGUUCUUAAAUCCGAUGUUUCGUUUGGUUUUGAAUAAUCAGAAAGUUUAUUAUGUAUCAACCGAUUUACUUAAACGGGCCCAAUUAGUGGCUCGUGAUAAUUUAGUUUGUUUGGGGACUUGUUUGGGCCGUUUUACUAAAUCAGGACAUUUUAGGAUUAAGAUAACGGCUUUGAGUAUUUUAUGGAACUAUUGCUUGAACCGGGUGCGAGUGAAACCGACGGCUGAGAUGAGUGUGCUUUAUGGUAACCAUGUACAACGGGCGCACUUAGUAGGCAUUCCUACGGAGGUGAAGAAGAAUGCUGGCGUGGUUUUGUGCACAGUUCAUGAUAUUCCCUUGGGUUUUGGAAUUAUGACGAAAUCGGGUACGGAAAUUGUUUCGGGAGAUCGGACGGCUGUAGUAGUAGUUCGACAUGGAGAUGCUGGAGAGUACUUGCGUAAUGAAGCUGAUUUGAUGUGA